ACGUCUUCCUUGUAAAUGAAUUACUCCGAGGAUCCAGAGGAACAGCUCUCGGAGGAUGAAAACGAAGAAGAAGAGGAGGGGGAGGAUGAAGGAAUAGAGAUAAUGGAUGAGGAGGAGGAGGAAGAGGAGGAAGAAGGCGAGGCGGAGGAAAAUGAGGAGUCUAAACUGGGCUGGGCUAACCUCCCGGACGUGUGUCUGCGGCAGGUGUUCUGGUGGCUGCGUGACCGUGACCGUGUCAAGGCGGCCCUGGUGUGUCUCCACUGGCACCACGUCAUGCGCUCGCCCUCUCUCUGGAGGGUUCGAACCUUCAACUUCUCCGGCCGCAUCUCCAGGACCCGCCGCUCGGAGCUGGAGACGGCCGUGUGUUACGCGAAGACCUACGGCGCUUACCUGGAGGAUCUGGAGAUCCGCUUCUCCCACCCCCUCAACUCUCUGGUGUCCCGGCGCUUCCAGCAGACGCUGAGGACCUUCCUCGCCGCGCUGCGUAAAACCAGAGGCGGACUACGCCGCCUAACUGUCAACCACAUGGAGCUGGACCGCGCCGCCUGGUGCCGCAGCGUACGCAAGGCGCUAGUGCGCAGCCUCACCUUCUACCUGCGCCGCGAGAGCUCCCGCCUGGGCUACUUGAGCCUGCGAGGGGCCCGCCUCAACCUGCCCCAGGGCCUGGAGGUGCUGGAGGCUGUGGCUGCAUCUCAGCAGCACAUCCACCUGGGCCGCCGGCCCGGCAUCACCCACCUCAACCUGGAGGACUUCUUCUCACAGCCGCUGGCCGUCUUCAUUAGCCCCGCCUUCCCCCAGGUCAUGAACCGCUUCCAGGGCCUCUGCACCCUGACCCUCAACUACAGCUGCCUGUCGGACGAGCUGCUGGCGGCCCUGUCCGCGGCGUGCAGGAGCCUGGACGGGGGAGGGUCCCUGCAGACGUUCACCAUACGAUGCCAUAUCCACGAGCCCCACAUCCAGGUGGUCUGGGGGGAUGCCUGGUCCCAUCUGGCUCAGCGUUGUCCCGACCUCCGUGUGCAUAUCACAGUGGAGCGGAUCCUCGACAUGGACAAGCUGGGGAGGAUUCUGCUCAGAGAGAUCCCGCUGCGCUCGCUCAGUCUCACCAGUUGCUACUUCAGUGAACAGGACUGGAGUGUCAAGCCUGCCCUUACCAACCUAGUGCCCUGCUACAGGAGCUGUUUACAGAAACUGACCCUGGACCUGAACAACAGCCACGAGUCUGUGGACGAGGAGCUGCUGGAGGUGGUGCUGCUGUGCAGCCAGCUGGUCUACAUGAAGGUCUGGGCCUUCCUGGACAUCAGUUUCCUGGACCGGCUGCUGCAGAAACGCCUGGAAAAGAAGAUCAUCCUAAGGACCAUCAAGGUGCGGAUCUACAUCAACAAAUAUGAGACUCAGGACGAGGAUGAGCAGCUGGAGGAGGUGUACUCUCGCUACAGACAACUCAUCAACUCAGAGCUCCACUACUUUGCCAUCUCCUACCCCAUGCUCUGACUCCUGCCUGACAGACACGUGGGCCCAUAAAGACAGCUUUUUUUUUUGUUAUAUUAGCACCAGUUAAAGGAAGAGGAGGAAGGAACUACAAUUUGAUGCACAAUCAUGAUGGGUCUGGCAAAUACACACACUCUCUUUCACACACACAUACACACACACCGCUGUAAAUAAACACACGCUACACAACUCUGAUCCUGCUUUUCUUCAAACCC